CUCCCAUCCGCUGGAUGCUCUCCUCUUAUCGUCCACAUCUUUAGCCUGAUGACAAAAGCAGCACAUACUGAGUGGACAUUGGCCGCACAUCUCUGGGAUUUUUAAAUGUGUAUGGUCAUAUUUGCCCCGAUUUUUGCCAUUUGUGCGUUUGCAACAUGUGGAGGCUACUAUGGGCACCUCCAGGUUAAAGUGGACUGUGCAGACAGUAGGCCGAGUAACAGGAGCGCCAUCAUUGAUUUUGGCUAUCCUUUCAGGCUACACCAGGUGCAUUUCAAGGCCCCCUUAUGUGAUGCAAAGAGGCAGGAGAUUCUCUUCUUGGAUGGCGACUAUUCAUCAGCUGCUCAGUUUUUUGUCACAGUGGGCGUGGUCACGUUCCUCUACUCCCUUCUGGCGACGGUGGUCUACGUCUUUUACCAGAACAAGUACUUAAAGAACAACAGAGGCCCGCUUGUGGACUUUGUGGUGACGGUGAUCUUCUCCCUCAUGUGGCUCAUCAGCACUUGCUUUUGGGCUAAAGCUCUGACAGACAUCAAGACGGCCACAGAGCCCACCAAGGUGCUGCUGCUCAUCUCUGCUUGCUCGGCUCAGGAGAACAAAUGCACAGCUGCCCAAGGGCCUCUCUGGUCUCGUCUCAACGCGUCUGUGGUUUUUGGUUUUGUCAAUUUCAUCCUGUGGGUGGGAAAUAUUUGGUUUGUCUUCAAAGAGACAGGCUGGUACAAGAUGGGCCAGAGGUACCCCACCAGGAGCUCUUCUGGCAAACGGGAAAUGCGGCAGCGGCUCUACAGCGAGAGCAGCUUUGAGCAAAGUUUUGACGACAGCUUCGGUGCGCAGCCGUCCAGGCAAAACAGCUUCAAUCAGUCCAAGCGGCAUUUUGGGCAGCAGGCGUACCGACAAGGCAGCUUCAACCAAUCGCAAGUCAGCUGUGGCCUCCCGCAGACACACUUGGGCCAGCCGGUCAUUUAUGACAGCCAGGGAGGCUCCCAGGGCCCUAUGAUAAUUGUUAAUGACAAGUGAUUUGAAGGUGUAUUUAUUAUGUCAUUGGAUACGCAUAGAACUGGUGUCGAAGUAGUCGAGUUAUCUUUGACCAGUUCUGUGCACGUCUCCCGUGUGCUGGUGUUUUAUGUCAUAAUUCUAAUGAUGACGCAAACUGAUCAUUUAAAAAAGGCUUAUAAUAUGGAAUUUAGCUCAAUAUACCUGCUUACUUUGUUUAUUACUGCAUAAUAUGUUCCAUAAUGUGCAAAAACCCACCGAGAAGAGAACAGAACUCCACAUAUCUCCAAUGAAAAUCAUACAGUUGCAGUGCACUGUUGUGGAACAUGCAGUCGUUGUUUACUAUACCGAACUUCACAGGAGUCGUUUGAUGGACUGAACCCAUUGAAAUAUUUGGUAAAUCUUUGUGUAUUCUUUUUCUCAUUACUGAUGAAUCUUAAUGAUGUUGUAAUUAAUGUGACUUGUCCACGUGCAAAAGUCUUUGACUUUAAAUAAAACACUCGU